AUGGCUGACGACGAGUUCGACGGCGACGACUUGCCCGAAGAGCUUGACGUUCAAGCUCCUUCGGAGGAGGAGGAGGGUUGUGAUUCCCAGCAAUCCAGUGCAGAGGGGUCAGUCACUGGGAAAACAACACGGGGGCGGGCCAAGUCAAAGGCUCAACCGAAAUCCCGAGCCCGAGGUAAGGGCUCGAACAGACUCAAGGUGAUCAACGACAAGGGCAAGAGUCGAAACCGUGUGACGAAGGAUGGCAAAAAGUACUGCCCGGCAUGCGGGAAAAUGCUGCCGGUGACUGAGUUCCCAGCAGGGUCCGGGCAGUGCGCCAAGGACAGAAAGGCCAUACAGGUCUUGAGGAAUUGUGCCGUCAGUCAGAACCAGCUUGAGUGGUGGGAAGAAACAACCCGCGACCCCAAGAAGCUCAAGAAAGUGGUCGCCUCGUACCAUGCCCGGGCACCUCCUCCAGGCAAGAAGCGGAAGGAGCAGUUCAACAUCUUGCAGUACAUCGAAGAACGCCGCCAGGAAAGCGCCGUGAUCUUUGAUGGAGUCAUGGAGAUGAUGUCGGAGCAGAUGUACGUCGCCUGGAUGGCGAAGCCGAAAAACGGAGGGAUGGACCCUUUGGAAGCGGCUGCCGAGUGGAAGACUUUGUAUUCGACCCCAGGUGCCAUCACGGAUGACUUGGGCAGGAACCCGAAGUACAAGGAGCGGGUGGCCGUCAAGAAGACGGACCUUGUAAAGUUCCGAGAUGCAAGCAUUCGGUCGCAGGUCUACUCGAUCAAGGACAAGGAGCAGAAGAAGGCCACCCAGGCAGACAUUGACAGAGCUGAGGCGCGACUUUCCAAGGAUGCUAGCUUCCUGUCGACCAACGUCCGUGGCCGUGUUGACCAGGCUGCUGCCAUGGUCGAGAUGGCUUCUUCGGCCGGCAAUGACGGUGGUGCCUUUUCCUCCGAGGGCAAAGCGGCACUCCACGUCGGGAAUGUCAAGGACCUCCUCUCCGAGGAUGAGGCCGAGAUGGACGAGGGCGGUGAUGAGAGCGAUGCUGGCAUGACCCCCUCCGCCACCGCAUCAGACAACGUCACCCCGAAGAAGAAGCGAGAUGGGGAUAUGGACUCAUUGGUUUCAGGGUCGGACAAGAAGCCGACCAAGAAGCCCAAGAAGGAGACGUGGUUCGACCGGGAUGGGGUUGUGGCCUCAGCGUUGAAAGUCCACCAGACUUGGAUGAACAACACCAAGGCCGCCAUCACCACCACGAUUCAGGGGCUCAAAGAGGCUUUGGAGAAGAGCAAUGACUUUGCUGAGGACGUUAAGAACGAAGCCCGGUUGGCCCAGAAUCGGCUUCAGGCGCUCAGGCUCAUUUCGGGUGAUAAAUGCACCCAGGAUGGGGAGCCUGAAGAGGCCGAGAGCUCCGCCUUGGCUGCCCCUGCUCCGGCUGCCCCAGACGCACAGCCAGCUGGCCCAGCCGGGCCAGCCGAUGCUUCACAACAAGUCGAGUCCAAGGACAGUGCCAAGGAAGGCGACAAGGACGACGGGGUCAAGGGUUCAGGUUCAGAUCAGCCGGCGGAGAAGGAGCAGGAGAAGGCCCCACCGGCAGAUUCCGCGUCCAGCUUUGAGAGAUUUGUGCGAUCCAGCUCUUUCAACGCCAAGAAAGCACUCCGCAAGUACAUUGCCUCCUUCAGCACGGACGACAAGAAGCCUCUCGGCUCGGCCCCGCCAUGCCGGAGCUAUCAAUCUUUGGUGGUGUUCGCGGAGUUCGAAGAGAAGUUGGCGGAGAUCGAGGCCGCGCAAACCAAGGAGAGGUUGGUCCAGAUCCAGAAUGACAUGAAGCCGUUCAAAACUGCGUACGCAGACCUUCUGAGCAUGGCAAAAGCCGCCAAGAGUCGGCUUGCGAGUGCCACUCAGGAUGCUGCCAAGCAGCAGCAGAAGCGGAAGGAUGAGCAGGAUCAGGUGGCACAGGCCAAGCGAAAACCCGGACGUCCCAGGAAAGAAAACACGGCAGCAGAGACCAUGGUUGCGGCCCCGAACUCCGUGGCCACGGACAUCGAGAGCAUCGUCAUCAAGGAAGAUGGAAAGCCAGCUUCGGAUUUGAACCUGGAGCUGCCUCUUAUCUUCCGAAUGGAUCCCAAGCAGGUGGCAGAGUUUGCCGCUGUGAAGACAGCCACCCUGGCUGUGCUUGAGCAGAAGUUCAAGAAUGAUCCUGCCAGGACCUCCACCGGCAGAUCCCAGCGAGCCCCUCCUCCGGAUCAAAAGUCUUCGAUUGUGGACUUUGUGCACAAGCUGUUCCCGGAGGGGCACAUCCUGGAGAGCGCGAAGAUCCCGGACAAAAUCAAGAACGAGCUGCUGGUGCCGGCAGCUUUCAUCGUUGCUAAGUCAUGGGUCACAGCCUCUGCAGAAGCAGGACAUCUUCCCACGUGCCGUGUCGGCUUUGGAGGCACGCGAGCUGUCGUUGCAGUUCGCGCUUCGAACUUGCUUGAGCAUGUGAGCCAGGGAGGAGGCGGCAAAGCUGAUUUGGCCCGCUGCUACCAGUGGCUCAAGUCGGCCAGCAAGGAGGCUGCAAAGGCUUUCGUGGAUGCCAACCCGACCUCCAAGGUCUUGUUCCAUGCAACCGUGGGGCCGAAUGAUAUCCUGUUUCUACUUGCGGGGUGGAUGUUCUACGAGUGCAUCAGCAACGGACAGGAGCUUGCAGCAAUCAGAGGGGCUUUCGCGACCCCAUUGCAAUUGCAGGCUGCUUUUGAUGGAGCUGCAGAGGCGGCAGAGUUGAUAGAAGUCUUCUUGCCUGGGAUAAGUGCUGAAGCGAGGGAUCAGAGGGCCGAGCUUCUGGUUUCUUGGGCGAGGGCAAGUGCGAAGAGCCACAAGCGGCAGAGGAGAGAAUCCUAUGGCCGUAUGUGGGAGACCUUGCCGCAGCGAGCGGCAAAGCCCAAGCUUGCAGAGGCGUUUGAUGAGCUGGCGAGAAGCAAUCCGUUGGUGUUGUUGCCUGCACUUCAACGGAAGAGGCGUCUAAUGCGUGACAGCACGGAUGCCAGUCAGCGUGCUGAGGAAGAGAGGAUUGCACGGAAGAAAUAUGCUUUGCUACUUGCAGAUGUCAUCAAGGAGGCAAACCUUCCCUUGCGGCAACAGCUCGAAGCUGUUGAAGAUCCCGAGCAAGUCUGGCCUAGGAUUUUCGGGACACGAAGGAGCAAGACUUUAAGGAACCGCUAUCGGAGUUGGCAACCCUUCCGUGCAUGGUUGCAAUGCGUGCAUGAGGCCAAGUGGCCUACAGGUAUAAAUCAGCUGAUUGAUUAUAGCAACGAGAGGUUUCAGAAUGAAUGUGGCAAGACUGUCUUGAAUAGCCUCCAGGCUUCCUUGGCUGUGCUGGAGCAGGUUGGAAGGGUGACAGAGACCAAUCGUCUGUCUACAGAUGGGACAUGGCUUGCCCAUCUACAGUCGCUUACAGCAGACCUUGUGAGUGCACAGGGGACAGUGCAUCAGGCCCCGAUGAUGACAGUUGCUAUGAUUAUUUCAUUGGAGCUGCAUGUUGGGAGAGAGGAUGAGCCUGAGUACUAUCGGGCAAUGGCAUUCGUGGCAUUGUUGGCAGUGUAUGGUUCCAUGAGGAUGGACGACUUGCAAGGCCUCUUGCCAAUCACUAUGAAGAUCACUGCUCAAGGCUUUCGUGCCCCAUUAGGGCGCACGAAGACGACUGGGGCGGAUCGCCGCAACAAAGAGGUGUCGGUCUUUAUCCACCGCCAGGCAGGGCUGUCAGGGUUUGAUUGGCUUGGCGAGGGUUUUAAGAUUUGGCAGAAGUACAAGCAGCCACGAGACUUCUUGGUUUUAGUUGCAAGGGAGGACUGGGAAGGUCCCACCAAGCACUACGCAAAGGCAGAGGUCGUUGCAGGGUAUGUGCGCGCGGUUUACAAGAGGCUUGGCACCCCGAAGUUGGAGGCAGGUACCUUUCGCUUGAAUACGCAGAGGUUGCUCUUGGUUGAGGGGGCGCACGGCUUCUUUACAGGGCACACACCGCGCAAUUGGCUCACAUCGGCGGCUGCCGUGUUGGGUUGGCCGAAAGAUCAGAGAGACUUUCUAGGUCGUUGGAUGAUAGGCGGUUCGGGGUCUGCAGACUAUACGCGGACUGCGAGAGAGAUUGUACAUCAGAUCCAGUUUGGAGUCUGCAAAGCCAUUGUAACAGGCGAAGGUACCGUGUACCAUGAGGUUGAAGCCCUUGACGAGCUCAAGAAGUACGUGGACAACCACGGAGGUUCAGGGGCACUUGCUAGGCGUCGCCACGAUGUCUUCAAGGUUGUUGAUGGCGUGAGGUGCUUGGGAAACAAGUGGCCAACUGUAGAGCUUGAAGAGACUGACCUUAGCGAGGACGAAGGUCCAGGUGAAGCAGAGGCUGUGCAAGGCAGCAGCACAAAAUACUUCAUCAGCAUCAGCCGAAAGGCUGGCUACCGACGCUUGCAUCUCAAUGGGCCGUGCCACGUCAAGCCUCACCAUUGCAGCAAGGUUGAGUACGUAGACCGUGUUGUGCUUGACCAGAUUGAUAGCAUCUGCCGUGAUUGCAAGCAUCGCAUGAGGGACGAGCAAGGCAUGGAGCCCAGCCAGGACACCAGUAGCGAGAGUGCGUCCACAAGUGACUCUGAUAGCGUUGAGAAUUGA